GUGGCGGGUGUCGCGCGCUCCGCAGCUGUGGCCUCGCGCUCCCCCUGACGCCGCCGCCGCCUCUGCUCUUUUCUCCUCUUCUUCUUCUCUUCUCCUUCGCCGGAUCCAACCGCCACCAUGUCGAGCAAAAGGGCCAAGACGAAGACGACGAAGAAGCGGCCUCAGCGCGCCACUUCCAAUGUCUUCGCCAUGUUCGACCAGUCCCAGAUUCAGGAGUUCAAGGAGGCCUUCAACAUGAUCGACCAGAACAGGGACGGCUUCAUCGACAAGGAAGAUCUGCACGAUAUGCUGGCCUCCCUCGGGAAGAAUCCAACCGACGAGUAUCUGGACGCCAUGAUGAACGAGGCGCCGGGCCCGAUAAACUUCACCAUGUUCCUCACCAUGUUCGGCGAGAAGUUGAAUGGCACGGAUCCAGAGGACGUCAUCAGGAAUGCUUUCGCUUGCUUUGAUGAGGAAGCAACAGGCAGCAUUCAGGAGGAUUACCUGAGGGAGCUGCUGACCACCAUGGGAGACCGCUUUACGGACGAAGAGGUGGACGAGCUGUACCGGGAAGCGCCCAUCGACAAGAAGGGCAACUUCAACUACAUCGAGUUCACCCGCAUCCUGAAGCACGGGGCCCUAGACAAAGACGACUGAAGGGCGGGCCCAUCGUCCCCGCUGGCAGCCGGCCGCCCUCCUCGCUCCUCUCUCUUUCCGAGACUUUGUUUUCUGGUAAAAACAAAAAAAACAAAAAACCUGUUGCAUGCACUUCUCUUUUUCAGCUUCUGCCUCUCUCUCGGUGUAUUUAUUCCAAGCCAUUCGGGGCAUACUUAACUGCACCUCUAAUCAGACUGGAAGUGGGUGGGUGGGCGGGGGGGAGGAAGGGGUCACUCUAAAAUAGCUUAAAAAAGAUCAUGGGAAUGAUCGGUAUCGUCAGAGCCAAGCGGUGGCGGAAGCCUCGGUAUUUCUGGUUUAGCUGGAUUUUUACAUUUUUGUAAUAGUAUUUUGAAAUAAAGAUGAUGAAUCGACCGCGUCCGGUUAAUAUA